GUUCCCUGCGCCUACUUAGCGACUUCCCCUAGCCAUCGGCAUCGCUCGGCAUCGGGCUAGGGUGAGUUGUCUGGCCGCAGCGCACUCAAUCGCCUGCUACUGCAAAAGACAGCUCACGGAGCAAGGACAGCGCGAGACGCAACCGAGGGUGGUGCCACACCCCCAAAAAUAAACGGCAUGGAGGCGACGCCCGCCGCAUCGAGCGCGCCGCGCGCCCUGGAACGAAGACACGGCAAGUGGACGCAGGCCGAGUGCGACUACGCGAUGUUGUUGAUAGAGCACUUCACGAGCGGCCGCCUCCCAGGCUUGCUAGGCGGCGAAUCUUUACGUACCACUUUAUCCGAGUGCCUUGCUUGCACGCCGAUGCGCGUGACGAAAAAACUGAGUUCGACGCACGCCAUCGGCAAAUGCGUUUUUAAGCUAAGAGGGUCCUUGACGAACGACGAGCGGCAAGCGCUGGACGCGGCUCGAAGAGCAUUCUUGGCGUCCGUCGAGCCUAGAAGGCGGCCGUCCGGUGAACCUGUAUCUACUCCGCAGAUUUUGCCCACUGAUAGGGUGACGCGGGGCGGUGGCAAGAGGUCAAGAGACGACGACGCUCCUACGGAUCAGCUGAUCGCUCCCGCUUCCCAGACGCUGUUCACGGUGACUCACUUAGCUCCUCACGACGCGAACGAGCGGCAACCGGUCGAGACGUCCGUCCUAGCUCGGGUCAACGAGCAGCGAAGGACCGCGGUCAGAAUAGUGAUGCAGGAUCGACCUGGUUUAUUAGGCCACAUGUCUCGGUUUUUCGCGCGACGCAACUUGACUAUUUUAGCUGCUAGAUGUGAAACGCUCGCGGGAGGCGUCCUGCACGACGAGUUCGAGGUCGUCGACGCGACGACGCGACGGCCCGUCGCGGAUGCUGCCGCAUUAGCGCAGAUGGAGCGCGACGUUUUAGCCUCACUCAAAAAAACUGAAAGAGACAAAUCCACAACAACGACGCUCUCCGUGAGCGUGCCCGACCGCCCGGGCCUCCUGAAACGCAUCGUCGCGUCGCUGGACUCUCUAUCGCUGAACGUGGUAGGGGCCAAAAUUAGUACUGUAGUUGGUGGCGCGGAACCGCAAAUCACGCGGACCGCGGUCGACACCUUCGACGUCGUGGACGCGCGGACCGGCGCCGCUAUUGUGGAUGCGGAACGACUCCGGUCCAUCGAGGCGCAAUUGGCCGCGGAUUUGAGGGAUGUCCCGGACGUGACGAUGGAGGCGUCGUCGCCGCCGCCGCCGCCGCCGCCGGGGUCGCCCCAGAUCUCGACGGCCUCGCCGGGGCCGUCGCAGCAGGCGUCGCCCAGACUCGGGCCGCCGGUGCCCACGAUCUCGCCCUGAAAAACCUCUGUCUCGCUCGUCGCCCCCCCGCUGUAACCACACCACUCUCUCAUUUUUUUUCGACGACUGACGGUGCCGGGAAUUGUUG